UAAAAAAAUUCAGAGGUUGUCCUAAUUGUAGAAAGAGGAGAGAGAAAGAGAGAAAUUCAUAGGUUUGGGUGAAUGCAAGAGAAUCGGCAGAUUGGUGGAAAUCUUUGAUGGGUCACCAGCCUUCUUGUCUGUUUUCCACAGGCACUGAUCUGAAGGCUGGUACCAGAAUUCGGAAAGUGCCGGCUUGAUCUGACCAGCUUUCCUUUCCCUUCUACCGAUUUUCAAUAAUCUCGUAAAUUUACGAGAUCAAGAAGGGAAAGAGAGCUUAUUGAUUUUGAAGGUGGAUUUGGGAGAAAGGAAAAAAAAAUUAAAAAAAUUAAAAUUUGAAUCCAUAAUAGUACAUAAAUAUGAGUACCGUAUCGGGUGUGAUCUCAAGGCAAGUAUUGCCGGCAUGUGGCAGCCUUUGUUUCUUCUGCCCUGGAUUGCGCGCUAGGUCUAGGCAGCCUGUCAAGAGGUACAAGAAAUUGAUAUCCGAAAUUUUCCCUCGAUCCCAGGAAGAAGAACCGAAUGAUAGGAAGAUUGGGAAAUUAUGUGAAUAUGCCGCGAAAAAUCCUCUGCGUAUUCCUAAGAUGGCGAAUUCCCUUGAACAAAGAUGCUACAAGGAAUUGAGAAAUGAAAACUUCCGAGCGGUAAAGGUUGUUAUGUGUAUUUACAGGAAAUUCUUGUUCUCUUGCAAGGAGCAAAUGCCCUUGUUUGCAAAUAGUCUAUUGAGUAUUUUGUACAUCUUGCUCGAUCAGACAAGCCAAGAUGAAAUAUUAGUCAUCGGAUGCCAUUCUCUCUUUGAUUUUGUAAAUAAUCAGAAUGAUGGAACUUACAUGUUUAACCUCGAAGGGCUGAUCCCGAAACUCUGCCAGCUGGCGCAAGAAGUGGGAGACGAUGAGAGGGUACAACAAUUAAGGGCAGCUGCCCUGCAAGCUCUAUCUGCUAUGGUUUGGUUCAUGGGUGAAAACUCCCAUAUUUCAGUUGAAUUUGACAAUAUUGUUUCGGUAGUCUUGGAAAAUUACAAAAGUCAAAGUAAGGAGUCAAACGACUCCAACGAAAACCGUUGGGUGCAAGAAGUUGCUAAAACCGAGGGACACAUCUCUCCGGAUCAAGAUUUUGAAAUGAACGUUCCUUCUUGGACAGUCAUCAUAAACGACCGAGGACAACUUAAUGUUUCACCCGAAGAUGCAAACAACCCGUGUUUCUGGUCUAGGGUGUGCCUUCACAACAUGGCCAACCUUGGCAAAGAAGCUACAACCAUGCGCCGUGUUUUGGAAUCUUUAUUCCGAUACUUUGAUACCGCAUGUCUGUGGCGUGCAGAAUACGGUGUUGCUUUUCCUGUUCUGAAAGACAUGCAGAUUUUAAUGGACGAAUCCGGGCAAAACACGCACUUUUUGCUGUCGAUAUUAGUGAAACAUCUCGACCAUAAAAAUGUCCUAAAACAACCCGAUAUCCAGCUGGACAUUGUUGAGGUUGUCACUGCACUCGUCCGACUCACAAAGAUCGAAUCUUCUGUAGCUAUAGUCAGUGCUGUGAGUGGAAUGAUGAGACAUUUACGUAAAAGCAUACAUUAUUCGCUCGACGAUGCGAAUCUUGGACAGGAAGUUAUCAAGUGGAAUAAAAGGUUCCAUCAAGUAGUCGAUGAAUGCCUCACCGAAUUGUCGUCAAAGGUUGGAGAUGCUGGUCAAAUACUCGAUGUGAUGGCUUCAAUGUUGGAGAAUAUCUCGAGCAUUACUGUAAUCGCAAGAACAACUAUUUCUGCUGUUUAUCGCACUGCUCAAAUCAUAGCUUCUUUGCCGAUUUUGUCGUAUAAGAAAAAGGCUUUCCCAGAGGCUUUGUUUCAUCAGUUAAUACAAGCAAUGCUCCACCCGGAUCACGAAACGAGAAUCGGGGCCCACAGAAUAUUCUCCGUUGUGCUUGUGCCUACUUCGGUGGCCCCACAAGCAAAUUCGUGUGUCACCGAUUCGAACAAGAGUAUGGGAAUUCCUAGGACACUCUCGAGAACCGUUUCUGUGUUUUCUUCGUCGGCUGCAUUGUUUGAGAAGUUGAAAAACCAAAGGGUUCCUAAGGAGAAUCAAAUUGAAUUGAACAUCGAUCCGAGAAAUAAUCCAGCUAACGGAGUGUUUAACCGACUUAAGUCAACGUACAGUCGAGCAUAUAGCAUCAGAGAAUCACCGGCACCGGCACCGGCAACAGAUGCAACUAAAGAAAUGGAAAACGUGCCUCUGAGACUGAGCAGCCACCAAAUAACACUACUGCUUUCGUCUCUUUGGGCACAAUCAAUGUCACCUGCAAACAUGCCCGAAAAUUACGAAGCUAUUGCUCACACAUACAGCUUGGUUUUAUUGUUUUCUCGAGCAAAGAAUUCGUACCGUGACGCUCUAAUUCGAAGUUUCCAAUUGGCUUUUUCGUUGAGGAAUUUUUCUCUUGCACAAGGAGGGAAUUUGCCGCCAUCUCGUCGAAGAUCGCUCUUUGUACUAUCAACUUCUAUGAUUAUCUUUUCAUCGAAGGCUUAUAAUGUUCUUCCUCUAAUCGAACAUCUCAAGUCUGCAGUCUCUAAUAAAGUGGUCGAUCCCUUCUUGUAUUUGGUAGAUGAUUCAAAGUUGCAACUUAGUGAUAAGAAUCAGAAUAUUCUUUAUGGAUCUAAAGAAGACGACAGUUCCGCUUUAAAGUUGCUUUCGGAAAUAAAAAUCAACCAGAACCAGACUAAGGAAUUCCUUGUUUCUGUUAUUAUUAAAAAUUUGGCCAACUUAUUGGAGCCCGAGGAAGCUACGAUAAGGGAGCAGUUGCUCAAGGAAUUUGCGCCCGAUGAUUUGUGUUCGUUCGGAGGACAGAUGUUCAAUGAUAGCCCAGAGGAAGCACAUCACAUGUCUCUCGAAAAGGCGGUUUCGAUUUGUGGAAUAGACGAUUUUUCGCACCAAGAUUCGAAUGAAAGUAGUUUCCCCCAUAAUUCGAGAUUGACCAUCGAAUUUCCCAAUCUCCUAAGCGUCGAUCAACUUCUGCAAUCCGUAUUAGAGACAGCACACCACGUAGGAAGAAUGUCGGUGAGCAACGCACCCGAUGCAUCGUAUAAGGAAAUGGCUAACCACUGCGAAACACUUCUGAUGGGAAAACAGCAAAAAAUGUCGUAUUUGAUAAACACGCAUCCUAGACAAGGGAGCAUGUUAACCAUAUCUCCCCAAAACUCGUACGAAACGGAGAAACAAAAUCUUCCUUCACAUGUUGUCGGUUUACAAAAGAAUACUACUACACAAGGAGGAGUUGUUCCGAAUAGACCGUCGAGUGGCGGGCCCACACCAUCGCAAUGUGGAGCCGAAUACCAGCAUCAUCCUCUCUCAUUCAGGCUGCCAGCAUCCAGUCCGUACGAUAACUUCUUGAAAGCUGCUGGAUGUUGAUCCAACGGUCGAUAAAACUCAGGUUCACGUACGGCGGCCCCACCGCACCACCGUAUAACGUUUCACCAUAUGGCCGGGGGCCCCCCCACAUUGCCACAUCAGCAAGAACGAUCGAUCGCCUUUGCUUGGCCGAGGUUUUGAGGAUCAUCCCAAAUUACAUUUCAUUUAUUUAUUUAUUUAUUAAUUUUAUUUUUUUUGUAUCUUGUUGUGUGUGUGAUUAAAAAAAAAAUUCAAUAUAGUGAUGGCACCAGAGGGGGGACAGCUGGCAAAUUUGAGCUUUUCUUUUUUCCUCUGAGUUGUGAUUUUUUUUUAAUGUAUAAGAUGUGAGGGCUCUUGUGAGUUGUGGUGUAUACGUACUGCGGUACUUAGUUUUGUUUAGAUUCUUCUCAUGUAAAAAAACACAAAAAACAAAGAUGACUUCAUUUUUCUUUUAUAUUUCAACAUUUUGUAUUUUUUUU